AGGGAGUCAAAGUUUUUGAUUAAUUUACCCAUCUAUUUUUAUUACAUUCCAUAAUUGCCCGUAGAUGAAAAAUAAAGAAUACAAUUGUGCCUCCCCUGCUUCCAGACUCCUACUCGGUGUGCUCGCUAUCGCUCCCGCCGUGUGUCGACCCAGCGUCGUCAUCUAGCUAUUGUGUUUUCAUCAAUCGUUCUCCGAUUUAGAUGUGUUUUUACCUCUGAAGAGAGCUUACCUGGAUAAUGGCCUCUGGAGCUAUUUUGAAGAGGAGAAGACUUAUUGAUCAUUAUGUUAAUAUCUGUGCACGUUCAAUUACAAGUUCUCAGUGGCAUGUUAUUGCCGUAGAAAAUUUGAAUCCACAUCUUCUUCAAACCUCUUCUUUGAACGUGCCUGCAAAUUUCAAGUACAUAAAAGAUUAUGAAAGAAUAUCAUUGCCCAAGGAGGAAUCGUUCAACCUCUCUGCACUGGGACAAUAUAGACAAAGAUGCUAUGAAAUAACAAGAUCUUUUCACUCUGAUCGUAGAUCGGUAUCCACUACCUUGAUAAGUAUCAGAUGGUUGUCACAAUCUUUGCAUAGUUUUUCCACUGCAGCUGCUAAACAACCUGAACCUGGUAGUGAUGAUGAGAAAAGUGAUGAAACGGUUGCUAAGAAGAGGAAAGAAGCAUCUCCAGAGGAGUGUGAUCAAGCUGUUGAAGGUUUAAGCACUGCAAAAGCUAAAGCAAAGGCAAAACGUUUGCAAGAGCCUCAAAAAGUUUUUCAAACUAUUUUAAGGCGAUUGUGGGCUGUGAUUUUGGGGAUUGCUCCUGCUUUCAGAGCUGUAGCAUCUAUGAGCAGGGAGGACUGGGCCAAGAAACUUGUCCAUUGGAAAGGGGAGUUUGUAUCAACGUUGCAACACUACUGGUUGGGUUUCAAGCUGUUGUGGGCAGAUGUGAGAAUUAGUUCUAGAUUGUUGUUGAAACUUGCUGGCGGGAAGAGUCUCUCUAGAAGGGAGAGGCAACAACUGACACGGACCACUGCUGACAUUUUUAGGCUAGUUCCUUUUGCAGUUUUCAUCAUAGUUCCCUUUAUGGAAUUUUUGCUGCCAGUAUUUCUGAAGUUAUUCCCCAACAUGUUGCCAUCAACCUUUCAAGACAAAAUGAAAGAACAGGAAGCAUUAAAAAGGAGACUCCAUGCUAGAAUAGAGUAUGCAAAGUUCCUCCAAGAUACGGUCAAAGAAAUGGCAAAAGAAGUUCAAAACUCGCGUAGUGGAGAAAUAAAGCGAACAGCCGAAGAUCUUGAUGAGUUUUUGAACAAGGUUAGAAGAGGUGCCCGUGUCUCUAAUGAUGAAAUUCUGGGCUUUGCUAAGUUGUUUAAUGAUGAACUUACUCUAGAUAAUAUUAGCAGGCCACGGUUGGUCAAUAUGUGCAAGUACAUGGGAAUCAGCCCUUUUGGCACUGAUGCAUACUUGCGUUACAUGCUACGAAAACGCCUACAGAGGAUUAAGGAAGAUGAUAUGUUAAUUCAAGCAGAAGGUGUGGAUUCUCUUUCAGAAGCUGAACUUCGUGAAGAUUGUAGAGAGCGAGGCAUGCUUGGGUUGCUUUCUGUUGAAGAAAUGCGCCAGCAGCUUCAGGAUUGGUUGGAUUUAUCACUGAAUCACUCUGUACCAUCAUCUCUUUUGAUACUUUCUAGGGCAUUUACCGUGUCUGGGAGGUUGAAGCCAGAAGAAGCUGUUCAGGCUACGCUUUCUUCUCUUCCAGAUGAAGUGGUAGAUACUGUUGGUGUUAUUUCUUUACCCUCUGGGGAUUCAGUCUCAGAGAGGAGGAGGAAAUUGGAGUUCCUUGAAAUGCAGGAAGAACUUAUUAAGGAGGAGGAAGAAAGAGAAGAGGUGGAGCAGGCAAAAAUGGAGUCCAAAUCUGGUCAAGACAAUAUGGCCUUGAAAGAGAUUAAUAUUUCCACAGCUUUGGAAGCACAACAACUUGCUAGAGCCAAGGCAUUGGAAAAGCAAGAGCAGCUGUGUGAAAUCAGUCGCGCGUUGGCUGUUUUAGCUUCUGCAUCUUCAGUUAGUAGAGAGCGAGAAGAAUUUCUGAGGCUUGUUAAUAAAGAGAUAGAACUUUAUAACAGCAUGGUAGGAAAAGAUGGUACAACUGAUGGAAAAGAUGCCUUGAAGGCAUAUAAAGCUGCACGAGAGGAACAUGAGCAUGCUACGGAGUUGGAUGAACGGGAUGAGGUGUCCUCGGCACUCAUAGAAAAAGUUGAUGCUAUGCUUCAAAAUCUUGAGAAGGAAAUAGAUGAUGUUGAUGCAAAAAUAGGUGAUCGUUGGAGACUGCUUGAUAGAGAUUAUGAUGGGAAAGUGACUCCUGAUGAGGUAGCAACAGCUGCAAUUUACUUGAAGGAUACUUUGGACAAGGAGGGAAUUCAAGAACUCAUAAGCAAUCUUUCUAAAGAUAGAGAUAAAUCGUUUCUGCAGUCGCCCUACUUGGUUCAUACUUCAAUUGGAAUACGAUCAGAUGGGAAAAUUUUUGUUGAAGACAUAGUCAAACUGGGCAGUUGGAAAGAUGGCAAUGCAGCUGAAGAUGGGACAGUUUAGGGUAAUAUCUUCAUUCCAGCUUCUGAUAGAUCUUGCUAGGUUACCUCCUUGCUAUAACAAUGGUGCAGGAAUGACGUUCAGAAUCAUUAUUCUUGUUCAUUGUAUGCACAAGCGGUAUAAGUGGAGCUGUAAGAUGGAAAAUUUAAAUCGUCUACUAGCUUGUAAAUUUAUAGUAGCUGGUAAAUCAAACUUAUACACAGCAUUAUGGCUUCAUGGCUUUAUUGACUAUCUCAAUACUUGCAAAUGAAAAAUAAUCCCAAUACAUAUUUUCUUUCAUUUGAACGUAAA